UGAGGGAGCAUGAGGAGGGGAGAUGUAUCUCUGGGAGAAACACACACACAUCAGAGGUGCUUGAUCCAGUCCAUAUCUCUCGCUCCCUCAGUUUCUCUCUCUUGAUCUGAAGCGCUUUCUUGCGUUGAGAUGAGAGCUUAGCUUAUAACGCGUGUGAUAUGUUGUCAGUUGAUGACUUAAUGGAUGUACGUCUGGGGGCUCCAGGACGGAGGAGUUGCUGGCAAGACACAGCAGCAACAGGUCUCUAAGGAUGGAACGAUAAUGAUGGUAACAUGCAGGCUUCUGAACGCCUGACCCUAUCGGAGGAAAGAUGAGGCACCUAGAACUUGGUUUACCAUGUUUAGCGCCCACUACAACCACUCCCUUGCUGCCAUGAGCGGAAACGACAUGAUGGCGCACUCCCUGACUCUGGAGCAGAAGACGGCGUUUGCCUUCGUGGGGAUGCUGCUGGUGUUCCUGGGGCUGCUGAUAGUCAGGUGCUUCAGGAUCUUGCUGGACCCCUACAGCAGCAUGCCCUCCUCCAACUGGGCCGACGGCAUAGAGGGGCUGGAGAAGGGGACGUUUGAGUACGCCCUCACUUAACACAGGGACACACACACACACACAUCCACAGAUGUCCUCACGAACAGAGAUGCUCACAAAUUCAAACACACACACACACACACAUAGCCCCACGCAACCAUUGCUCCCGACACUGACGCACCAUUCAAACAUCUCUCUGUGACGGACUCGACCCGAGAGACCUGAAGCUGUGUAUGUUGUUCAAUGUGUGUGCGUUAGUUAGCUCAGAGCCAGACAUGUCUGUCGUGUCGUGUGUGUCGGACCAAGAGUGAGACAGAUGCUGUGUCAUAUUCUCCGUCACCUUCUAUCAGAGUGGCGCGCAUUUCAGAUCACCGAGUUGCACAGAAAGUGGCCGAAGGGCCCUUUAAUAACUCAAUGCCUACAAGUUGAAUGUCUUAUGUAGAUAAAACGAGGUGGAUGUUUGUGUGACAGGAUGCAGGGUCAGGGUGAAGCGGGGACUAUUCAGAUACAGUUUGACGACUCAGGGACAAGAUUCCUCCUGUGAACUCCGAAUGGGAAACAGAGUGACGCCACUUCUGCACAAGAAUGUAUACUGUAUGGUUGGAUACAGGGUAUUAUGUUAAAAUAGUGCUUUGUGGACUAAUCAAAAUCAAUCUGUUGGUGACGCCGCUGCUGCUGCUGCUGCUGCUGCUGCUUUGUGUACAGAUUGGUCCUCCCGGUGGUGUCUUGUGUUUUUUGGACGUCACGCAGCGAAAGGCAACUGAACAAACUGUGAAUCAUAUCACGGUGUCACUGUUUUCUUAACGAUGCAAAAACAAGUCUUUGGAGAGUUUGUACUGCUGCUGGUCUCGGAUGAUAAUGUCACACGGUAAUGUUUACUCUUGUCUGCAAAGACAUACGAUGGUUACGUUGAUUUCUUUCCCCCAUCUGUCAAGCGCUCUGUCCAAAGUUUGGCUGAUGCGGUCAAGCCAAAGAACUUUUGAGGGAAAUUAGGAUUGAGUUAGGAUUCUCUCUUUCAGUGCUGCUAGUUUUCUAAUGACAAGAAGAAACUCUCAGUACCCGUCUGCAGAGGGCAAGGUCACGUGGAAAAUGGGGGUGGGAUGUCUGUCAACGCUGCACAUGGACACCUUUUUUCCUCCUAUUCUCAGCCAUCCUCACCCAUUCUCACCUGCUCUCUUACCUCUAGAGAGAGGAAGACGGGACUAAACGGAGAUUCUGUAAAACUACAGCAGACUGGUCGAACUCUUGAGUGUUCCUUUGCUAAUUUUUACAGUCUACGGUUUUUCCUUAGUGCUGUGAAUCUGCCUUACUGUGACCUUCAAUGGGUUUAUGUGCCUUCAUCUAGAAACAUUAGAGCACCUGAGUGUGUGUGCGUGUGUGUGCGCGCGCCUGCGUGUAUGUGGCAUAUCAUGAUGACCGACAGUGCAUCUCGUGACCUGUUGCUUGCUCAGCUGGUGGUAGAGAUUCUUGUUGAUAUAGAUUUGAUUCAAUGAUGUGAA